CGGACAUGGGGAAAAUUGUAUUCAAGUAUUCCUAAUUCUUACUUAGUUCGCCGUUAUUAUAGAGUUGCUUUAUUGGUGAAAUGACACUUUGAAUCCCCUUCAGAAAAUGGCUUCAUUGACCUCCCUCAAAUUGAUUCCAGAACGCAACCAAACACUCACAGCUAAUCCUCACUUAAGUAUAGGCUUCAAGAAAAUCAACCCAUUAAUCCAUUUCGCCUCCAUCCACUUUCCUCAUUUCUUCCCCAAAAUCUCUCUUCACAACCAUAACUCACAUUUCCAACUUUGCUUCUCGCAACGUUCACAUACAGCUCACGACUUCUUCGACAACGCCCAUUCUUUUGUGACAAAGGUUGUCAUUCUUUUAACGUUUUCAUUUGCACUUCUUUCCCUUCGCAUCGUUUCAACAAUUCUUGUUCCUGAGUUUCCUCAAAGAUGGACCCGACUCAUUGCUUUCUCUAAACGAGCUGAGUUGGAGGUGAUGGGUAGUUGUCCUCAGCAUUUGAUACAAGCUGUGGUUGCCUACGAGGAUAGACGCUUCUUUCACCAUUUUGGGGUCGAUCCCGUUGGCGUUGCUCGUGCUGUUUUGUCGCUCUCGUCUCUUGGUGGUGGCAGCACAAUUACCCAACAGCUUGUGAAAAAUUCAUUCUUGAAGAAUGAACGCACAUUCCUGAGGAAAAUUGUUGAGAUGAUUCUGGCUUUAGCACUAGAGGGAACAAUCUCAAAAAUGGAAAUCUUGAGUGCUUAUUUGUGUAAGAUAUAUUGGGGACAUGGCAUUUAUGGUAUUCAAUCUGCAUCAAAAUUUUAUUUUGGGAAGCAUAUAUCUCUUCUUAGCUUGGGGGAAUGUGCUAUGCUUGCAGCAAUGAUACCAGCCCCAGAACUCCGGUCACCGUUCAGGGACUCUAGCAGAGGAAAAACCUUCCAAGCUAGAGUGCUGAAUAGGAUGGUGGAAUUUGGAUUUCUUGAUGUCGACAUGGCAGGCAUUGCUGUAAAACAACCUCUCAUACUGAAUUCUGAAAGCCCAGGUCAUUCAGAUGGGUUGUUGGUUAUAUCGGCUUCCUCUCAAGAGCAUUCAGGUAUGAAUACAAAGUGCGACAGAGGUUUAUUCUCAACCAUCAAGAGAAUAUGGGAUUGGGAAACAGAAAGCAAGAUAUGGGAAGUGAAAGAGGACAUGGAGAGAUGGGCAACUGGUGUAAAACGAUUGGGAAGCAUCAAUGGUUCCAAGUCCACAUCAAAAGAAACUUCUUUUCUUGAUCAGACGUGCAAAGCCAGCAAAAAGGGAUCAUAUGAAUUGGUGCAAUGACACUACCCAUAAAGAUAAUUUGAAGGCUUUGGAAGGAAUUCCAAAAUGGUCCUAGAAGAAUUAAGAGUUAGGCCUUUUGCUAGCGCCAGAGAGAGGGUCUUUGAAUAUAAGUUCCUAUGUGAAAACGUUCUCUAACUUCGGAAACAUUGAAGUACAUACUUUAAAUGACUAAUGUCUUCAGACAAAUGCAUUGCAUUCAUUGCUUUGCUAAGAGCUUCCCUCACCCUUAGCACUAAACCUUUCCAAGCCUUGCCUCACCCCAUUGCCAUGCCCAGUUAAUUGACUAUUAUAGGUCUUUCAUAAACGGGCAUGAUCUUGUUAGAUCUCAAACCGAUCUAUUGAAGAAGGAUAGCUCUCAGUGGAGUCAAGAAGCCAACCAAGCUUUUGAAUCUCUGAAGGUUGUUGUAACCACAGUGUUGGCCCUCCCUGUUUCUCUCAAGAGUUCGUUUAAAGACUGAGGGAUGCUUCUGGAAAAUAGAAAGGAGAUUGGUGCAGUCUUCAUCCAGAAAGGAGAUGUCAUUGCCUGGCCCUUUCUUAUGAAAAGGAAGCCUUAUUAGAGAAGGCUACUACCUAUCGUUGCAGAUGCGCUAAGCUGGAGAAUAGGAAGACACUUUGUCAUAAAGACUAACACAACAGCCUAAAAUAUCUCCUGGAAAUUCAAACAUCAAUGCGGACUAUGCAACAAUGGCCAUUAAGACUGACUUUCACUUCGCAGUUGACUGUAAAAUAUCAUUCAUUCAUCAUUUGAUGCUUCUUUUCAGCUGACAUAAAUGUAGUUGAGGUUUCUUUGAUUUGCCAAUGGGAUUUGUAGCACCAAGUAUUUAAUGAAGGAGAGACAUGUUCUUUCUAGGUUGAUCACAACGCACAAGCAUUUGGCAAUCAAGAUAUUCAGUUCCAUCUUUUUUC